UAGCCCUAUACACUUGCAGCUUUGUGCUCUGUCGUAUUUGCAACAAUAAACUAUUAUAGAAGUACGUGUAGCAGAAUAAGUGCAAUAAAAUAAAUAAUGGGGACAUCACAACGUUCGCGUCUUGCCGAAGUGGUCUUAAAGCAAGAUGUUAUAUGGACAAAGAAGUUGGUCACAUUUGUCUUCCAGCACAUUCCAUUCGCGAACCUACGCUUGUACUGCAAGUGUUUGGAGAUCUCGUGCAAUGGCAUCGCUUGGUUGGCCGGGCUGUUGGCUUUCAUUUGGAUAGCGGACAGCAAAUCACUCUAUCAAAUGCAGUUAAAUCUACUAUUUGGUCUAAUAUUUGAUAUCGUCGUAAUUGCAGUGCUAAAAGCGAUCUUUCGUCGAAGACGACCAUCAGCAUGUUCAGAUAUGCUCACCUUAGGACCUGACAAGUUCAGUUUUCCUUCGGGUCAUGCAUCCAGAUCGGCCUUCGUAUUAAUGUUUUUCACCGUACUGAACCCUGUCUCAAAAAUAUUAUGGAUGCCCAUCCUUUCGUGGACGAUAAGUGUGUGUUUCUCAAGAGUCUUACUCAGCCGUCAUUACAUAUUGGAUGUUGUUGGUGGCAUGGCGAUUGGUAUUGUUGAGGCACUUUUCAUAGGUAUUUUAUGGAUAAGUGAAAGUACUGCGUCAUAUUUUAUUACCUAUUUAACCGAGGACUAUUUGCCUGGAGGAGAGGCAGAUGUUUAGAUGUUUGUAAAAAGGAUUAAAAUUGCAUUAUAUUCGUUAAAGUUGGAAAUUAGUUAAGAAAAUGGUAAGAGUAGCCAAAAACGUCUAAAAACCUGUUCAAAGUAAAAGAAUAAAAAAGAAAAUCAUUAACGAGACUUGCGCAGCUGACUCAUUAAUGUGUAAAACAAAUAAGACACCACAUUUUUGUGAUAAAUUUGCUAACACCUAAGAUUUUUUAUUACUAGUAAAUAUAAAAUAAAUCAAAAAAU